CCCAACCGCACGUCACAUGCUGAGACGGCGAGACCUAGUGUGACGGCAGCGCUGCAGCGGGGCAGGGGGGUGCGACCAAGCCGGGCCCCCCCCGAACUGUGGGGCAGGGGGCAACGGCAGCGGAGAGGCAGCGCGGGAGGAUGCUGGUGGCUGGAGGAUGGAGGAGGCUGUGGUGAAGCAGGGUGUGCUCUACCUCCAGCUGCAGCAGACUUUUGGGAAGAAAUGGAGGAAGUUCUGGGGCGUCUUGUACCGGGAAAGCUCCUGCUCCACUGCCCGCCUGGAGCUCUUCGAGGGCUCGGUGCCGCUGGCUGCCGAGAAGCUGCGGAAAGGUGAGGGCAGCAAGCGGCUGGUGAAGCUGAGCGACUGCGUGCACGUGGUGGAAGCGAGCGGCGAUACCGGCUGCCCCAAGGAGACCAUCCCCUUCCUGCUGGAGACUACUGAGAAGCGGUACCUCCUGGCCACCGAUGGCCCCGAGGUGGCUGACUGGAUCCAGAAGCUAUGUGAGCUGGCCUUCCCGAGGAGCAGAGAGGAGCCGGCAGCAGGCAAGGAUGGCCAGCAGAGCUUACUGGGCACCAACAGAGAGUUCUCCAUGGAGGAAAACUCCCUCUACAGCUCCCGGGACAAAGCCGCCUUGGAGCAGGCGUUCGACGUGAUGGUGAGGGCCACUGAGUCCUCUGAGCGCUGCCGGCUCUGGGGCCGGUACAUCCUGCGAGCCGGUGAGGAUGCGUUGGAGCUGCAGAAUUUCCAGACCUUGGAGGUCCUCUACAGUUGGCCCUACCGCUUCCUGCGGCGCUUCGGGAGGGAUAAGGUGACCUUCUCCUUUGAGGCUGGCCGGCGCUGCGCAUCCGGAGAAGGCAACUUUGAGUUUGAGACCAGGCAAGGCAACGAGAUCUUCAAGGCGAUCGAGUCGGCCAUCAACGUGCAUCAGGGCCGGGGGACCGAGGAGCCGUGGCAGGGUGGCCCUGGGGACAAUGCCACCCGGCCACGUGGCCACGCCAAGAUGCCCAGCUGGGUGCAGGGGCACGAGGAGCCUGGUGGCACCAAGUGCUCCUCGUUGGAGCCCACCUGGGAGGGGAAGGUGCCAAAAGCCAAGCUGGUGAUGCCCCCCAGCAGCUGCUCCGGGGCCGAGGAGCCGUCGGGUGCCAUCCUGCCCUCCCGCAGUGCCGAAUGCCCUUACACCAAAUCCUGCAACUCCCCCCACUGGGGAACCCCCCCGGUGCCGGAGAAGGGCUGGAGGCAGGAUGCUCCCACCAAGGCAGCCACGGAACCCGAGUACGCCAUCCCCUUCGACACCAUCGCCAAGACCUUCAUGGCUCAGAAGUUCAGCAGCCUGGUCCAUUGCCCCGAGGAGGUCCCUGACCCCUUCUACGACAGCGUCAGGGAGGCAAGGGGGCAAGCGGGCAAGCAGCCCCCGUUGCGCCCCACCGCCGCCAAGCCCGACCACAUCUAUGAUGAGCCCGAGGGUCUGUCCACCCACACCGUCUACGAUGAGCCACAGGAGGUGAAAGGGGAGGCGUGGAGGCUGCAGGCGGCCCCGGAGGAGCCCACCGGGCACGAGUACCCCUACAACCCGCAGCGGGAUGACUACGCGGUGCCCAAGAGACCCGUCCCUCUCCGGCAGCCCUUCCUGCUGCAGGGCAAGGAGUGGCUGGGGACCACCGAGUACGACAACGUGGCCCUCAAGUUUGCAAAGAAGAGGAACCUGCAGUGAGCGGGGUGGGGAGGGAGAGGAGAGCCCCCCCCCGCCCCUUCCCCCCCGCGGCUGGCAGCUCUCACCCCCACGCCCCCUCCCCGCCGCAGAGCUGAGACCCCCCCCAGCUCAGCGCACCCAGGGCUGGAGGGGACGUGGCGCAGCGCCCGGGCAUCCCUGCGGAGCGGCGGGCACAUCUGGCCAGCUGCGGACCCGGCGGCCGCUGGAGGGCGCUGUGCGCACGCCGAACGGCCCGGGCAGGCAGGGGCCGGGCAAGGCCCCCCCUGCAGCCCCUCCGCCGGCACCCCGCAGCCUUGGGGCCAGCGCCCCGCACCCCGAAACCCCCGCUCCUCGCUCAGCCAAGCCUCCGGAACUCCAGCUUUGCAUGCUGCAGAGCCCCCCAUGCACACACCCCCGGGGAUGCACAACACACGCAGUGGGAGCAGCUGGAUGGUGCUUGGCCCCGGGAUGCUCAGCCCGUGCUGGCUGGUGAUGCACACCCUCAGGGAUGCACAAUGCACGCUGCAAGGUGCAACUGGACCAUGCACAGCCCCAUGAUGCUCAGCCCGUGCUGGUUGGUGAUGCACACUCCUGGGGAUGCACAACGCAUGAUGCAGCUGGACCAUGCACGGCCCUGGGAUGCUCAGCUUGUGCUGGCUGGUGAUGCACACCCUCAGGGAUGCACAAUGCAAGCUGCAAGAUGCAGCUGGACAAUGCACAGCCCCGUGAUGCUCAGCCCAUGCUACAAGGGCCGGCUGGUGAUGCACACCCCCAGGCAUGCACAUCCCAUACCUCGAAGAUAACCAGAGGAUGCCCAGCUCACGCAGCAAACACACCUCGCCUGCAGGCUGCUUUUUGCCCACCCUGAUCUUUGCCCAUUCAGCCCUUGCCGAGGGGGCACCGUGGCCACAGGUAGUCCUUAGCCCCCCCAGGACAUGCCUGCUCUCAGCCCCCACCAGCACCCAGCAUCGUGGCCAGGGCUGGGCACUGUGCCUGUCCGAAGGUCACGCCACAUCCUCGCUCUGCAGGAACAGUGGCAUAAAUUUCUACUGUCUCAGCCACGUUUUUAGUUUUAAUAUUUUUUUUCAUAAAACCACUUUCCAGCUCCUCUGAAUUAUAGAUGAAAUAUUCAGCUUUAUUGUCAUGGUGAUUUUAGUGGCUGGCUCCUCUCCUCCCAGUACAGUGAGACCAGUACGCAGCCUGACUUGCUCCAGGUCAGCCUGUUCUUCCUCCUCCUCCUCCUCCUCCUCGCCACCUCCAGCCCUGCACAGCCCUUGCUCGAGGACACCCAGCCCCUCAGCUGGGCACGGUGAGCAGCACCGGCCCCAAUUCCCUGUCACCUGCUGGUCCCCUGGCACAGAACCAUCUCCCAGGGGUUCCCUGUGCUCCACCAGUGCCAUCACGAGCCAUCUCCGGCUCCAUCACCAUGACGGAGGGACCUCGGGAGCCGAUGCUGGUCCCCCCCUACCUGGCAGGUUCUACCGAAGGCAAAGAAAAGGCAUGAAUUAUUUAUAAUCUCUUUCAAUCAAAUAAAUGCUUAGGUGCUUGAGUUAAUUUCCCGGAUCCUGAAAAUCCAAAGUGCAGACUUUUAAUAAGGCAAAUUAAGUGCUUUAUAUAUUACGCUGAUUAAAGCUCUAUAUCAGUC